AUGGCGGCUGCUUCUGUGUUUCAGAGAGUAAGAACGGGCUCUAAAAUCGGAGCUCAGUAUGAUCAGGAGGGAAACAUCAUCCAGGUGGAGACACGUGAAGAUGAAGAGCAGAGCAUCAAGCUUGCAGAAAUCUUGGAGCUGCUGCUGGCUGCUGGAUAUUUCAGAGCCCGUAUCAAAGGCCUGUCACCAUUUGAUAAGGUAGUGGGAGGAAUGACAUGGUGUAUCACUACUUGCAACUUUGACAUAGAUGUUGAUCUGCUCUUCCAGGAGAAUUCCACCAUUGGUCAGAAGAUAGCUUUGACAGAGAAGAUCGUUUCUGUGCUUCCCAAAAUGAAGUGCCCUCACAGACUAGAGCCACAUCAGAUCCAGGGUCUGGACUUCAUUCAUAUUUUUCCUGUCAUACAGUGGCUGGUAAAGAGAGCUAUAGAGACUCGAGAGGAAAUGGGAGACUAUGUGCGUGCUUACUCUGUUUCUCAGUUCCAGAAAACACAUGCUUUUCCUGAGGAUGAGGAGUUUGAGCAAAGGAAACAAAAAGCUGUGAGGACAGUAGUGGAUAUGUCUGGAGUUUAUGCACCCCAGAGGCGAUACAGAAGACAGAUGAAUGCUGAAGAAUUGCUAGAUGAAGAGUCCAGGGUUCAUUCCACUCUUCUGGAGUAUGGCAGGCGUUAUGGAUUCAGCAAACACUCUAAACAAGAGAAAACUGGAGAGAAGAAGCCUCAUUUGGCCCACGGUGCACAGCUCCCACCCCCUGGCAUGACUGAUGUAUCUGAGGAGGAGGAUCUACAAGCAGCUGAAGAGGUCCGAAUUAAAGCCCUCAUGACUGGCAUGGCAGCCAUGGCUACUGAGGAGGGAAGGCUGACGGCGAACACAGUGGGGCAGAUUGUGGGGCUGCAGUCUGAGGAAAUAAAGCAGAUUGCUUUUGAGUAUGCUGAGAAAGCAGAGCGAUCUGCAGAGGAUUGUCCGGAGCGAUAUGGCCCUGUACAGCAGCAUCGCCGCAUGGUGGCAUCACUCAACAAACAAAUCCAACAGCGGACCAAAGAACUGGAGGAGAUGCAGGCAAAGCAACAGGAAGUGCGAACAGCAUGUGAGGAGGCCAAGAGCAAACUAACUGAGGCCACGAAGUUUGGCGAGAAGUUGGAGAAGGAGCUCAGUGUUCUGGCAAAUGUGGAGGCUCAGGCUGAUUCGAGUCUGCUGGAGAAACUGCGUGCUCUGGUGGCCAUGAACGAGAACCUUAAAGAGCAGGAACAGGAGUUCCGAGCACACUGCCGUGAGGAGAUGACACGGCUGCAACAGAGCAUUGAGGACCUGAAGAUUGAGUUCGGGGAUGAGGCUGAUGAUCAAAAGGAGAGGACUCAGAUAAUAGAUCAGCAGUACAGCACAGAUCGAGAGAAACUGCAGAAGAUCCGCUUGCUGAUGGCUCGGCGGAACCGGGAGAUCGCCAUUCUGCAGAGGAAGAUUGAUGAGGUUCCCAGCAGAGCUGAGCUCACACAGUACCAGAAACGCUUCAUUGAACUCUACAGCCAAGUUUCUGCCACACAUAAAGAAACUAAGCAGUUCUUCACUCUCUACAACACUCUGGAUGAUAAGAAGGUCUACCUGGAGAAGGAGGUGAAUUUGCUCAAUUCCAUCCACGACAACUUCCAACAGGCUAUGGCAUCGUCAGGAGCUAAAGAGCAGUUCCUCAGACAGAUGGAGCAGAUAGUGGAAGGCAUCAAACAAAGUCGAAUGAAGAUGGAGAAGAAAAAACAGGAGAAUAAGAUGAGAAGGGAUCAGCUGAACGAUGAGUAUCUGGAACUGCUGGACAAACAGAGACUCUACUUCAAAACAGUCAAAGACUUUAAAGAGGAGUGCCGAAAGAAUGAGAUGCUGUUGUCCAAGCUGAGAGCAAAGGGAGCAUCCUAAUGACCCAGCAUCUUCGGUUUAUCAUAUUUCCACUAUGUGCUUGCAGGAUAAAUAUGCACUAGAUGUCUGUACUAAUCAAUACUGGAUUUCUAUAAUUAACUGCACAAAUCCCACAUAGACAUUUAAUGUCCAAACUUUGGUCAGCUACAGCCAGACAAAUUAAUCUAUUUGCCGUCUUACAUUACACAGCAGUAUUUGUAACGGUUAAUGCCUUUUGCAAUGUGUAAAUGUCAACUAUCAAGGUUUAUUUGUAAGAAUUGUACAAUAUUAAACACCACACAUGCAUUAACAUGUUUAAACCUUCAA